AUGGCGACAAUACUAAGAAAACGAUCCUCUUCAUUGGAAAUAAUUCCUCCACUGACGCCAAAAAAAAUGAAAGGCUACAGCUUGGAUUUAUUAACACCAUCCUCAACUAAACCAUUAUAUCUUAAUAAAAUGAACAUUAAUUUCCAGCUCAAUUCUGCUGAUAAUAACAAUUCUAAUAAUAAUAAUAAUAGUGAUAAUAAUGAUAAUAACAAUGAUAAUGAUAAUGAUAAUGAUAAUGAUAAUGAUAAUGAUAAUGAUAAUGAUAAUGAUAAUGAUAAUGAUAAUGAUGACGUUAAAAAUAUAGUUCAUCCCAAAAUUAUACACAAUUUGCAAGAUGAAAAUUCGCCUUUUUAUAACAACAUAAGUGACUUGAUAUCAUACUCUGAGCUAAAAUCACCAAAUAAAAGAAUAACAAGAAACCAAUCAAAAUCUAUAAACAUUAAGAGUCCUUUAUCAGACUCUACUAAUACAAUUUCAAAUACCGGUACGCUUGUAACAAACAAAUACAUGCUUCCUCCAACUCCAAUAACUGAAUCUUCAAAAAGGAUUUAUCUGAAGCAAAAAAAUUCAACUCCAAGAAAGCUAGCUUUUAAAAAACAAAACAAGCAAAGCGAACAAAAGAAAAAGAAAAAGAAAAAUUUGAAAGAAAAUAUUAAUAAUGAUAGAACAAUAAAAAAUGAAAAUGAAUCAACACGGUUGACUUCUGCCAAGGAGGAAUCCAAUCAACAAUCAAUAUUAUUUCAAAAAUCAAUUUAUACAAAAGUUAAGCUGGUCUUCCAGAAAAAUAGAUAUAACAAAUUCGAUCAGCCCGUAAUUGGAAGAGAAUCUCAAUUUAAUCAAUUAAGUUCAUUUUUAAUUAACAAUAUAUUGUCUUUAACCUCAAAUUUCUUAUAUGCAUACGGCCCACCAGGAACUGGUAAAACAUAUCAAGUCUCUAAUUUCAUAAAUUAUAUGAUUUAUUUCAAUGGUCUCACAAAAGAUUGUGAUAAAAUUUGUUUGUAUAAAAAUACCAAAAAAAAUUCUCAAAUACCCAACAUUAAAAAGAUUUCUAUAAUCAGUUUAAACUGCAUGGUUUUAAGUAACUUGACCUCUAAUCCCAAUAAUUUUUUCAAUGAAAUUUUGAAACAGUUACAGAUAUCUUUUAGCAAUAGCUCAACAUAUCCCAAUUGUAUUAAAAACUUGAAAUUUGCUUCACCAAAAGAUUUAUUCUUAAACUUACUCUCUAAUAGAAAAUUUUCUGAUCAUAAUAUAUUAGUUUUAGAUGAGAUGGAUUUUUUAUUAACUUCAAACAAAAAUAGCUCAUCUAACGGUGCCAAUUCAAACAACAAGUUGCAACAAUCCUUAUUCGAACUCUUUUCUAUUGCGUCAAACAUAUAUCCUACUAGUUCAAGAUUGAUUAUAAUUGGAAUUGCAAAUACAUUGGAUUUGAAAGAAAAAUUAAUACCAAAUAGAUUAAAAUUAAACGGAUUGAAGUUGGAAUUAUUACAAUUCUUGCCUUAUUCUUCUGAACAAAUAUCUAAGAUAAUCAAAAACAAGUUGUCGGAAAUAUCAAAGGAAACAGAACUGUUAUUUCACCCUGCUGCAAUCAUGUUAUUAUCUAAAAAAUGCUCGCAAAUAGGUGACUUAAGAAGUGUUUUUGACAUUUGUUACAAAUCAAUUGACAUUGUUGAAAAUUCAACUAAAGACAGCUAUUUGAGAAACGAAAAUGAUCUAACCAAAUUUUAUCAAUUAGAUAUUAAAAAUUGCCCUAAAAUUAAUAUUUCUCAUGUUGCCAGGGUAUUCUCUAAUUUGAAAAAUGGCUCUAUAAGCAAAUUGAAAAAUCUAAACUUCCAGUCAAAGAUAGUGAUUUCUUGUCUAUUAAAUUAUGACAAUAAAGUAAAUGAAAUCGUCAAUCACCUUAAUGAUAGAUCGGCUCUUAUUGUUAAAGAUGAGAAAGAUCAACUUGAUAUAUUGAAACUUAAACAUAAUCAGCAAUUACUACCUUCAUUGCUUGCCGAUUCUAAUACCUCCGCAAAUAAAAAAUCUUCCAGAGAUAAUUUAGAAUUCAAUAAAAACAAAUACCUUUUACCAAUUAGCCAAUUUUACCGUUACUACAAAAAAUUAUUAAGAAACGAUAAAAUUAUUUCUUCUCUUUCAAAGUCUGAGUUUGUGGAGAUAAUAUCUAAUUUAGAUUCUUUAAGUUUAAUUAACUUAUCAAACAAUAGUGAAAAUGUGACAAAGUAUUGCUCAAGAUAUGUCAGCUCUGCAGCUAAUACAAAAGAACUAGCGAAAAUAAGCAAUGAAAUUCCCUUCUUAAAAAAAAUCUUAUAUAAUAGUGAUGACUUAGAAACUUUGACAUGA